UUUACAGCAUUUCAAAGCUCUGGUCGCUGUGCGUUCUUCUGACAUGGGGUCUUCAUUGUCGCUGAAAACAGAUGUUUCGUCUUCUGCUUCCACGGCUGUUUCCCCAAACCCACCCGCGAAAGCCGCCGUGCCGGCCUCUCUCGCCCAGGACCCCACGUAUAAAAACUGCUGGAGUUGCCGCGUGCUGUCUGGCUGCACACUCUUAGGGGCGGGCACCUACGUCUACUUUGUGGCCAGGCGGCCUCUGAAGCAAAGAAUCCCACCUGGCCCGGGCACCAUAGCGCAGAUGGUCAUCGGCAUCAGUAUUGCCUGUUGGGGUGUAAUUGUUCUGAUAGACCCCAAAGGGAAGUCCUACCGAGUUGUUUGAAAAUACCAGCAGUUCAUUGUUGUCUUCCGUCACUGGCUGCGAGGCAGACAGAACAAGCAUUGGGUUGGUGGAUAUUCUUUGCACACACGGCCAAGGAUGUACCAAGAAGACCGUGAAAAUAUGAGCUGUCGUGCUUUGGCUAUGGAUGCUUACGGUUUACCAACUCUCAGGUUAUAAAGGGACAAAUAAAUCCCUUGGAAGCAAACAUGGUCCUCUGUCUUGUCCAGGGAGGUUAUGUGUGACUCAAUUUAUACGGAAAGAUAACGUUUUGAGAACAUACUAAAAUGGGAUGAAUGAUAGGCCAAUAGCGAAAUAAAUUUUUUUUUAAA